AUGCUCAGAUCAAUUAGAAGUUACUCAACUCAUGUGGAUCUUAAAACCACUUUACAAAAUGCUAUUCCUGCCAAAAGAGAAUUGUAUCAAUAUGUCAAGAAGAAUUUAGCCAAUAAGGAGAUUGGUCAAUUAACCGCUGGUGGUACGAUUGGUGGAAUGAGAGGUUAUAAGUCAUUACUUUGGGAAGCUUCAGUAGUGGAUCCUAAUGAAGGAAUAAGAUUUCAUGGUUAUACUAUUCAAGAAUGUCAAAAAUUCCUACCAAAAGCUAAAGAUGAAAUUAAUGAUCCUAAAAGUGAAUUUUUACCAGAAAGUAUGUUUUGGUUUUUACUUACUGGUAAUAAACCUUCUCAAGAUCAAAUUAAUGAAUUUUCAAAUGAAUUAGCCUUGAAAGCCGGAUUACCUGAUUAUUUAAAUAAGAUUCUAGAUUCAUUACCAAGUUCUUUACAUCCAAUGACUCAAUUAUCUAUUGCUAUAAGUGCAUUAAAUAAUGAUUCAAAAUUUGCUAAAGCAUAUGCUAGUGGUAUUCCUAAAAAUGAUUAUUGGGAAUAUACAUUUGAAGAUUCUAUAAAUCUAAUUGCAAAAUUACCAGCUAUUGUGGGGAAAAUUUAUUCAAAUACUUAUCAUAAUGGUGAAAAAUUGGGUGAAUUAAAUUUAAAUAAAGAUUGGAGUUAUAAUCUUUCUUCAUUAUUAGGUCUUACAUCAAAUGAUUCACUGAAUUUAAAUAAAUUAAAUCAGGAUCAAUCUAAAGAUGUUGUUAAUUUAGUUCGUUUAUAUUGUGCAUUACAUGGUGAUCAUGAAGGUGGUAAUGUUAGUGCUCAUACAACACAUUUGGUUGGAUCUGCAUUAAGUGACCCAUUUUUAAGCUAUAGUGCCGGAGUACAAGGUUUAGCAGGUCCAUUACAUGGAUUAGCUGCUCAAGAAGUUGUUAGAUUUAUUGUGGAAAUGAAUUCAAAUUUACAAAAUGAUAUUUCAAAUUCAACCAAAAUUGAAGAAUAUCUUUGGGGGCUUUUAAAUUCUAAAAGAGUUAUUCCAGGUUAUGGACAUGGUGUAUUAAGAAAACCAGAUCCAAGAUUUGAAGCAAUGUUACAAUUUGGUUUGAAAAGAUCAAAUGAAUUUGCCAAUGAUGAAUUAUUUCAUCUUGUUAAAAAUUUAAGUGAAAUUGCACCUGGAGUAUUGAAAAAACAUGGUAAAACUAAAAAUCCAUAUCCAAAUGUUGAUUCAAGUUCAGGUGUAUUAUUUUAUCAUUAUGGUAUAAAAGAACUUUUAUUCUUUACUGUUAUAUUUGGUGCUUCAAGAUCCAUUGGUCCAUUAUCUCAAUUAAUUUGGGAUCGUGUAUUAGGUUUACCAAUUGAAAGACCAAAGAGUGUUGAUCUUAAAACAUUGGCACAAUGA